AUGCCGGAGCUGACUGCGAAGGGCCCCGCUACUUCUAAAAAGGGGUUUAAAAAAGCUGUAACUAAGACGCAGAAGAAGGAAGGGAAAAAACGCAAGAAGUCCCGCAAGGAGAGUUACUCAAUUUACAUCUAUAAGGUGUUGAAGCAGGUGCAUCCUGACACGGGCAUCUCGGCCAAGGCCAUGAGCAUCAUGAAUUCUUUUGUCAACGACAUCUUUGAACGCCUUGCAGCCGAGGCGUCGCGCUUAGCGCAUUACAACAAGCGCUCGACCAUCACGUCCUGGGAUAUCCAGACGGCCGUGCGCCUGAUGCUGCCGGGGGAGCUGGCCAAGCACGCCGUGUCCGAGGGCACCAAGGCCGUCACCAAGUACACCACUUCCAAGUAA